CACAACUAAUAAUGAAGCACGUGACCCUCGCCUCGGAUCCCUUUUCCUGGAGGAAGAUGAAAUUGUUGGUAUUAAUGGUGCAACCGAGGAACUUAUAGGAAGGUUGACUGGAGGACUGUCCAUGCGCUCAGUGACUUCGUUGGUAGGUCAAGGGGGAAUUGGUAAGACAACUCUUGCUAGGAAAGUCUACAAUGAUGAAGUUGUGAAAGCUCACUUUGAUUGUCGUGCUUGGAUCACGGUAUCUCAGUCAUACGAUAUGCAGAAGCUUUUGAGGAUCCUAGCAAGGCAGAUAUGUACUGCAGGGGAGAGAAUUGAGGAAGAUUGUUCAGAGGAAGAGUUAAUUGGUCUAUUGAGGCAGCAUCUGCAAACAAAGAGGUACAUGAUUGUUUUUGAUGAUGUAUGGCAGAAAGAGUUUUGGAAAGAUAUAAAACAUGCUUUGCCAAAUAAAGAUAAAGGCAGUAGGAUAAUUAUCACAACACGUAAUUUCACCGUGGCUAGUUUUUGUCGUGAAAACCCUUGUGAUCUUGUCCAUGAGGUACAAACUUGGUCCUCAGAAAUGGCUUGGCAAUUAUUUUGCAAGAAGGCAUUUCGAAGUGAUGAGUUUGCAGGGCGUUGUCCCCAAGAGUUGGAGCAAUUGUCUCGUGAGAUUGUUAGCAAAUGCCUAGGCUUGCCACUUGUCAUUUCGACCAUAGCUGGUCUUUUGUCAACCAAAGAAAGAGUCGAUUCCGAAUGGAGAAAGGUGCUUAACAAUAUUAGUUCAGAGUAUCAAAGAACUGAUAUUACGAAAAUUCUCUCCCUAAGUUAUCUAGAUCUACCUUACCACCUUAAGACUUGCUUCUUAUAUUUUAGCAUCUUUGGUGAAGACCAUAAGAUUUCUGAAAGUACAUUGUAUAAACUAUGGUCUGCUGAAGGUUUUGUUAAAGCAAGAAGAAACAAAACAAUGGAAGACGUAGCCGAAGAAUACUUAAAUGAGCUCAUCCAAAGAAACUUGGUUUUGUUUGAAAUAGAAUUUGGUGUUGAAAGAGUAUGUAAAGUCCAUGAUCUGAUGCACGAUAUCAUCUUAACUAGAGCAGGUGAAUUGUGCUUUUCUCAAACUAUAAAAAAAAGUAACCUCAAUCUUGUAGAAAACAGUUACCGCCUCUCAAUUCAUGAUACUACAGAAAAUGUCUUGGAAAGAGUUAUGGAUUCCAGCAUUCGGUCGGUUUUUCUGUUUGACGUCAAGGAAUGCACAAGGUCGUUCAUGAUUAAUUUAGUUGAAAAUUUUAAACUUUUGGAAGUGUUAGAUUUUGCUGAGGUGCCUCUUGAUGAUCUCCCAAAAGAAGUGGGGAAGUUGUUCCACUUGAAAUACUUGUGUUUAUCAGGUACAAGGGUGAAAGUUCUUCCCAAAUCUAUUGGUAAGCUGCACAAUCUACAGACAUUGGAUGCUAGGAACACCUUAGUGACGGCGCUACCGAUCGAGAUUACUAAACUAAGGAAUUUGCGACACCUUCGCAUUUAUUCAAUUGGUAAGAAUAGCCAUUCAGGUUUGAAUACAUAUUGCGGUGUGAAGAUACAUGAAGGAAUUGGAAUGUUGGAGGAGUUGCAAACACUAGAGAAGGUGGAAGCAUAUCCUGAUGGAGUUGGUUUUGUCAAAGAGCUGCAGAAGCUUAGGAAAUUGAAACGUUUGGAUAUUUUAAAGGUGACAGCAGAAAUGGGGGAGCCUUUGGGAGUUGUCCUUGAGAAAUUGAACCACCUUGAGAGGUUAAUUUUGACAUCAAUCAACGAGGAUGAAGUUAUAAAUUUAAAAUGCAUUUCAUCGCCUCCUCCUUUUUUGCGUUAUCUCCAAUUGAAUUGUCGUCUAGAACAAUUGCCAAAUUGGGUUUCGGAACUUCAUAAUCUACAAGGAUUGUCAUUAAGUUACUCAAGGUUUAUCGACGAUCCAAUGAAAUGCCUCCAAGCGUUGCCCAAUUUAUCAUACCUUCGCAUGACAUAUGAUGGAGAGGAAUUGCAUUUCCAGAAAGGUGGUUUUCAAAAACUCAAGCAACUUAAGUUUAACAAGUUGACAGGAUUAAAGGUGGUUAAAAUAGACGUAGGAGCACUGCCUCUUCUUGAAGAGUUUCACUUUGGGCGUUGUGCACUAAUGAAGGAGAUGCCUUCCGAUAUUCAACACCUUUCAAACCUCAAAUCUUUCUCUAUUCAUGACAUGCCAAGGGAAUUUGUGGUUCGUUUGCAACCAGAUGGAGGCAUUGAUUACUGGAAAAUUCAGCAUGUGCCUUCCGUCACCUUCCAUUAUUACAAUCGUGGAUACUACAAGCUUGGUAGCUCUGACUUGAUACAACAUCUGCAGCGGCAACAUCUGACUUGAUCAACAAUGUCGAGUUUCGAAGCUCAUACUUCUCUUCCUGGAACUGUGCGAAAGGAGCCUGAAACAUUGCUCAUGAACAAGGCAGGGGAGUUUUCUGUUCUUUUCAGUAAAUGUGUGGACUUUGGAAAUUAAUUAUUUUCAGUUUGAUGUUGUCAUGAAUAUGAACUCCUAUUUUUCUUUUAUUUUGGUAUGCAUUGCUAAUAAUAAGAUACAAGGGAGAUGAUUUCUCUAUACUCUUUAGUGAUCAAGUCAUUGAAU